AUGGCCUCUUUCCUUGAGGAACUCUGGAAUUCCAUCUUCACACCAGGUCCCACCCCGACUCUGCUGAUCGCAACGAAUGCUGCCUUUGCCGCUCUCCAGCUGCUACUCUUCAUCCUCCUUGUCGCUACAUAUUCUCUACACUUCCUCGUGCUGUCCACCAUCUGUGGUGGGCUCUGGUACUCCAUCAAUUGGUUCGCUGCAGAGAUCGCGCGAGAGCAGAAGGCACAAAAGGAAGGAGAAGGAAAGAAGGAGAAGAGCCCGGAGCCAGACAAUGCCAGCGAUACGGAAACCGAAAACACCCCAGCCCCUCCAGUGUUCAAAUUACCAUCCACGCCGCCACCAAUAAUACCAACAGCGAAAUCAACAUCGCUUGCCCCGCCGUCAAGGCUGCCACAUGAUAAGCCAAAGGAUUCAUCUUCAGCGCCCGCAGAACAGAGGACAUCGGAUAGUGGUGAAGUCCUAAGACGACGCCGUAGUCUGGGCGAGGGCUCCGGCUAUAUCAGCACGGACAGUGAGUGGGAGAAAGUUUCGGAAGGGGAAGAGAAGAGCAAGUAA